AUUACAGGCAGUUGUGAACCUUUGAAUGGAAGCCGGGAGGUGGCCCUCCGCCUUUGAUCUCCGUCCCUCAGCCCCUCUUCCUCAUCCCCCGAUGUUUACUGAGGGCUGAACCAGAAAGCUGGAGUUACUGCUGUAACAGGGAUCACCUGCACCCCGGCCCCAAGGUCGCCAGAUCACCGUGGCCCCUCCCACUAGGCCACCUUGCCACUCUUCGAUUUGAAACGGGGCAGCUUGUUCUUUUUGACUCUUCCCCGCCUCUCCCCAGGCACCUGCUCUCUCCCCUGGCACCUGCUGCCCAGUAGGGAGGGCAAGAGCAAUCCCAGGCAGUGCCUUGUGAGGAGUCUCCACCCCUCCUCCAGCGCUUCCUUCUCCAGGGCGCCUCUCAGGCCCCGCCCUCACCUGCCCAAGAUAAUUUUAGUUUCCCUGAGCCUGGAAUCUGGAUACGCAGGCUUCUCUCCAUAUCCUCCCGCCUCAACAUCCAAAGGCGUGAUCCCCUCCUAACCACCUGUAGAGGAGAGAGCGUGGAGCGGAACUCAAAUCCAAGGGUUUGCGAUCCCUAGACAGAGCCUGACUUUGGGCCCGGUGUCCGGCUCCUCCUGCUGGAGUUCCUCCAGGUGCCAUGGAACUGGAUCUGAGCCCACCUCAUCUCAGCAGCUCCCCGGAAGAUGUGUGCCCAGCUCCUGGGACCCCUCCCGAGACUCCUCCGCCCCCUGAUAACCCUCCAUCUGGGGAUGUGAAGCGGUCCCAGCCUCUGCCCAUCCCAAGCAGCAGGAAACUUCGAGAAGAGGAGCUUCAGGCGACCUCUCUACCCUCCAUCCCCAACCCCUUCCCUGAGCUCUGCAGCCCACCUUCACAGAAACCCAUUCUUGGGGGUUCCUCCAGUGCAAGGGGGUUGCUUCCUCGAGAUUGUGGCCGCCUUCAUGUGGUGAAGGUGUACAGCGAGGAUGGGGCCUGCCGGUCUGUGGAGGUGGCAGCGGGUGCCACAGCUCGCCAUGUGUGUGAAAUGCUGGUGCAGCGAACCCACGCCCUGAGUGAUGAGUACUGGGGCCUGGUAGAGUGCCACCCCUAUUUAGCACUGGAGCGGGGUGUGGAGGACCAUGAGUUCGUGGUGGAGGUGCAGGAGGCCUGGCCUGUCGGUGGAGAUAGUCGCUUUGUCUUUCGCAAAAACUUCGCCAAGUAUGAACUGUUCAAGAGCCCCCCACAUACCCUGUUCCCAGAAAAGAUGGUCUCCAGCUGUCUGGAUGCACAAACAGGCGUAUCCCAUGAAGACCUCAUCCAGAACUUCCUGAAUGCCGGCAGCUUCCCCGAGAUCCAGGGCUUCCUGCAACUUCGGGGAUCAGGCCGGGGGUCAGGCCGAAAGCUGUGGAAACGAUUCUUCUGCUUUCUGCGGCGAUCUGGUCUCUAUUACUCCACCAAGGGCACCUCCAAGGACCCGAGGCACCUACAGUAUGUGGCGGAUGUGAAUGAGUCUAAUGCAUAUGUGGUGACCCAGGGCCGCAAGCUCUAUGGGAUGCCCACGGAUUUCGGCUUCUGUGUCAAGCCCAACAAGCUUCGAAAUGGUCACAAGGGGCUCCACAUCUUCUGCAGUGAGGACGAGCAGAGCCGUACCUGCUGGCUGGCUGCCUUCCGUCUCUUCAAGUAUGGGAUGCAGUUAUAUAAGAAUUACCAGCAGACUCAAUCUCGUCAAUUGCGCCUAUGCUAUUUGGGGUCUCAGCCCUUGAGGAGCGUUUCAGAUAAUACCCUAGUGGCCAUGGACUUCUCUGGCCAGGCUGGGCGUGUCAUUGAGAACCCCCGGGAAGCUCUGAGUGCUGCCAUGGAGGAGGCCCAGGCCUGGAGGAAGAAGACAAGCCACCGUCUCAGCCUGCCCACCCCAUCCUCCGGCUCCAGUCUUAGCGCAGCCAUCCACCGUACCCAGCCCUGGUUCCAUGGACGCAUUUCCCGGGAGGAGAGCCAGCGGCUAAUUGGACAGCAGGGCCUGGUGGAUGGUGUGUUCCUGGUCCGGGAGAGCCAGCGCAACCCCCAGGGCUUUGUCCUUUCCCUAUGUCACCUGCAGAAAGUCAAGCAUUACCUCAUUCUUCCGAGCGAAGACGAAGGCUGCCUCUACUUCAGCAUGGACGACGGCCAGACCCGCUUCACAGACCUGCUGCAGCUGGUGGAAUUCCACCAGCUGAACCGAGGCAUCCUGCCCUGUGUGCUACGCCACUGCUGUGCCCGUGUGGCCCUCUGAGGCCACAUGAGCCAUCAGCCCACAGGGCUGCCUACCACCCUUCUGUUCAGUGGACUUGAUGAGGUGGAUGGGAUGGUGAACAGCUGAAGCGCUCUCCCAUCCCACUUCUCUUCUCUUUACCUCCCUCGGGCAACAGAACAUCCCCCAACCCUGUCCAUCCCUGACUCCUGUCCCCAAGGGAGGCAUUUGUGGUCUUCUCCUCAGGAGCUCCUGAGGCACUAUUCCCAUGAGGGACAUUAUGUGAAAAGUAGGGGCAGCCCAGGUGGUCUCAAGCCCCACACUCUGUACAGACUAAGAGGCCAGUUGAUCUGCUCUGUUUUAUACUAGUGACAAUAAAGAUUAUUUUUUGAUACA